UCCAUCAUGGCAGGUCUCCUCCACUUCCUGGUAGUGGCCAGUUUCCUGUGGAUGCUGCUGGAGGCGCUCCAGCUCUAUCUGCUGGUCCAGAGACUCUCUAGGAUCCAGGUCAUCCAGAGGGAAGGCCUCCAGAAGAAAUACCUCUUCCUGAUUGGCUAUGGCAUUCCCCUGGUGAUCGUGGGUGUGUCUGCAGCUGUGAAACGUGACGGCUAUGGGGGAUCUAAAGUAUGCUGGCUGAAGCCAGAACAAUACUUUACCUGGGCUGUGUUAGGGCCAGUGUGUACUGUCCUAGCACUGAACUGGAUAUUGUUCUGCGUUACAAUCUGGAGUUUGAGACCUACCUUGGCUAACAUGAAGAGUGAUGUCUCACAGUCCAAAGACACCAGACUGAUCAUCUUUAAGAUCCUGGCACAGUUUGUGAUCCUGGGUUGUACCUGGGUGCUGGGCUUGUUCCAGUCCACCAUGGUCUUCAAGUACCUCUUCAUCGUGCUCAACUCCCAGCAGGGCACCUUCCUCUACAUCGUUCACUGUCUCUUCAACAAGGAGGUACGUGAUGAGUACAGGAAGUGGCUGGGCUGUUCUUCCAGCUCCUCUACUCCAGACUCUAUGAAAGAAGCACCUUCCGUCUCUGAAGACCUGGACAAGGCUGGUGAAGAGAGACAAAACAAAGGAACACGGCCAGGAUGAGAGCAACAUGAUACGAUACCAUCAGACCUUCAAAGCAUUUCAGCACAGUGGGCC